AUGCUGCAAAAAUACCUGAAGCUCGACCAGAAGGGCAGCAUUAUUGCUGAGUACAUCUGGAUCGAUGCCGAGGGCAACACUCGCUCCAAGUCCCGGACCCUGAAGGAAAAGGACUACACUGUCGACGAGCUCCCGAUAUGGAACUUUGACGGCUCCUCCACCGGCCAGGCCCCCGGUGACAACUCCGACGUCUACCUGAAGCCCGUCGCCAUCUUCCCGUCCCCCUUCCUCCUGUCUCCCAACAUCCUUGUCCUGGCCGAGUGCUGGAACGCCGACGGCACGCCUAACAAGUUCAACUACCGUCACGAGUGCGCCAAGCUCAUGGAGGCCCACGCCGCCCAUGAGCCGUGGUUCGGCCUCGAGCAGGAGUACACCCUGCUCGACAGCUCCGACCGUCCGUACGGCUGGCCCACGAACGGUUUCCCUGCCCCCCAGGGCCCGUACUACUGCGGUGUCGGCUCGGGCAAGGUUGUCCAGCGUGAUAUCGUCGAGGCCCACUACAAGGCCUGCCUGUACGCUGGUGUCAAGAUCAGCGGCACUAACGCCGAGGUCAUGCCCGCCCAGUGGGAGUACCAAGUCGGUCCUUGCACCGGCAUCGAGAUGGGCGACCACCUGUGGAUUUCGCGCUUCCUGCUCCACCGUAUCGCCGAGGAGCUGGGCGCCAAGGUCUCGUUUCACCCCAAACCCAUCCCCGGCGACUGGAACGGUGCCGGUCUGCACUCGAACUUCUCCACCAAGGAGAUGCGUGUCGAGGGUGGCAUGAAGUACAUUGAGGAGGCCAUCAAGAAGCUCGAGGGCCGCCACAAGGAGCACAUUGCCGUCUACGGCGAGGACAACGAGAAGCGUCUGACCGGCCGCCACGAGACCGGUGCCAUCGACCAGUUCAGCUGGGGUGUCGCCAACCGCGGCGCCUCUAUCCGCAUUCCUCGCGAGGUCGGCGCAAAGGGCUACGGCUACUUUGAGGAUCGCCGCCCCGCCUCCAACGCCGACCCUUACCGCAUUACUGGCAUCAUCAUGGAGACGUGCUUCGGCGCUGUCGACAAGUAG